UGCAUUCAGCUGCAAGGCCCCACAGUCCACACAGCAGCGUAUAAAGCACAUCACAUUGUAGGACUCGAUUAAACUGAGUAAAUAAGUUCAAAACGUGAUUAGCAUAUAUCGAAUCUAUUAUAUCGUAGUCUGCGGCAUGCUGCUGCCCGAAGUCCGGGGCCGCAGUCUGCUGUGGGUUGUCGCAGCAACCUGCUGCUACUUUACUCUGGGCUCUGUGAUAGCCUCAGAAGUUGUGACGGUGCAUAAUGGGGCUGAGCUCGCAGCAGCGUUUUCGAACCCGCAAGUGGCGGUGGCGCUGGUCGACUCGCAGCGAGUGGUCCUGACUUCGGACGACUUUUCUCCCUACGCGCCACCUAUACAAAUCGCGCGAAACUUUACAAUCCAGGGAGUUUGGCAAGACAAUCUCAACCGGUUCCCCUACUUCGACUUCGGGUUUGUGAGGGGGAAGGUUCGGCUGAGCCCCUACGUCACGCUUACACUGGACCAAUUGUUGGUCCGCCGGACCCGCAGCGACCCAUCCUUCCGGGCGCCUGGAUUUGACCUGGCCACGGAUGACAGCGGGCGAGACCCCAACAUCCCUGGCUCCUUCGCCGCAGUGGUCGUCAAGCGGUCUGCCAACCUGCAAGAGGUCUGCUUGCCGCCGGCCUACGUGCCCAAUGCGACCCUGGGCACCUGGACUCGGCCCACGGAGCUGCCGGCAGGGAAGCAGAUCACCUACUCGACCAACACCACGAUCGUGUUGCUGCACCCCAACUGCACUGGUAUUGGUUUUGACAUGCCGUACGAGGAGCAGUGCAUCAAAUCUUCGGGAGGCACGUUUGUGGAUGUGGGCGUGUACUGCUACUCAUUGGACCCUUUUGGAAACCAGGUUAAAACCGGCUACGUGUCGCACCUGCUGGAUAGCGUGAACCGGUGCUACCAGUACAUGACCGUGGGCUGCAUUGAUACGUACGGCGGUGUACUCGGCUGCUACAAUUUCAUGAUGCAACAGCGCCAAAACAAUAACAGCAGCAGCUCGCCGCGCCAGGCAGUGCCGCCACCACCGCUGGCUCCUGCAAUGACCGGCGUGGGCGGGCGCAGCAACCAGCAAGCAGCCCUCAUCGGCGCUAUUGUGGGCGGCGUGGUGGGAGGCAUCGUGCUCGUGGCCGGCGUCGCGUGGGCCACCCUGCUGCUGGUGCGCCGCCGCCGUUAUGCGGAGGCGCCGGCGGCGGCAGCGUCUGGCAGCCGGCACAAGAGCAGUGACGACGGCGAGAGCGGGGGCAGCAGUAGCAGCUGUAGCGGCAAGAGCGGCGGCGGCAGUGACCCUGUUGAAGCUGCAGCGAAGCCUUGCAACCCAACGUACGCCUUUAGCGGUGGCAGCGGCCCUGAGCACGCCGCCGCCUUGCCGACAGCAGUGGCUAGCCAUUUACCCACUCAGCAGCAGGGCAAGGAGGAAAAGGAGGAGGAAGCGGUGGCGGCCAGCCAUUUACCCGCUCAGCAGCACGGCAAGGAAGAUGAGGAGGCGGUGGCGGCGGCAGCAGCGGUGGCGGCGGCGGCGGUAGCGGCGGCGCCUCUUUUUGCUGAUGAGCCGGCCUCGCUCGUGCCUGUGACGCCCUUGACCCCUCUGCAGCCCCACAUCCCUCUCGGUGUCACGGUCUGUGAGGGCGGCAGCACCCUCGCUGCAGCAAGCAGGAGCAACAGCAACAGCAUCAGUCUUGGCAUCCAUGGUGACAGUAAGAGGGCCCCCGUAAGUGGCGGCGGACCAAGUGGCGGGGCUCUCGGCGGCUGCGGCACCAGCGGCAGUACUGAUGCUGACAGCCGCGCACUCGUGUUCAAGGGUGGCGAAAUAGCAGCAGCAGCAGUAGUCGGCGGGAGCUCGGUAGUGCCAGCGGCGGCGGCGGCCGGUGUGACGACCAGCAGCGGCGGCGGCGGUGGUCAAAGCGGCGACGCGGCCCCACCAGCACCGAGCUCAGAUGCUGCGACACGUGCUAGCGGCGGCGGCGGCGGCGGUGCGCCAGCACAUGUGGUGCUGACCGGCGUCGUGAUGGGCAAAGGCUCAUUUGGCAGGGUGGUUGAGGGUGUGUACUGCGGCAGGCGGGUAGCCGUGAAGCAGAUUUACACGGGUAUCCUCAUGCAACAGGGGACACAGCAGCUACGGCAGCAGCUGCUGACACAGCAGCAGUCGCAGCAGGCACAGCAGGCACAGCAGGCGCAGGAGGCGCGGGAGGCGCAGCAGCAGCAUCUUCAGGAUGUGCAGGACAGCCUUAUCGCGGCGUUGGAGCAGGAGGUGCAGGUGCUGGCCAGGGUGCAGCACGAGAACAUCGUGACCCUGUUGGCCGCAAACCUCGAGCCGCCGAACGUGUGCCUGGUGAUGGAGCGGAUGGACACGUCACUGGACCACCUGCUAUACAAGGACCCCAACAGACCCUUCCCCCUGUCGCUGGCAGUGCACAUCGCGCUGCAGGUGGCACGUGCCCUGGCGUACCUGCACCCCACCAUCCUCCAUCGAGACCUGAAGCCGGGGAACGUGCUCAUCUCCAACGCGGAUGACACGGCGGCUGCGGCCGACCCGCACAACCACCAGCACGUUGUUGUCAAACUGGCGGACUUCGGCCUGUCGCGGCUGCUUGAAACGGUCCUUGUCACGCAAGAGCCCGAAGUCGGCACGGCACCCUACAUGGCGCCGGAGUGCUUUGACCUCCAGAACAUUGUCAUCACAGACCGUGCGGACUGCUACUCGUUUGGAGUGCUGCUGUGGGAGCUGGUUGCGCGGCGGCAGCCCUGGUCGAAACAAAAUAUGAUGCAGGUGGCGGUGGCGGUGGCGGUGAACAACGACCGACUGCCCCUGCUGCCCCUCGUUGAGGCCGGUGCGCCGCCCAAGCUGCAGCGGCUUGUGACACAGUGCUUCGACGCCGAUCCGCAGAGGCGGCCGGCGGCGGCUGAGCUGGUGAAGGAGCUGCUGCUGGUGCAGCAGCAGUUGGCUUCUGGGUCGACUGCAUAAUCGUAAUCACGAGUGAGGUAGCUAGGCCCUUCUUCUCCGUUCAGCGCGCGUGCUGGUAAACUGUGUCAACGUGCGCACGUGAUGGGCGCGCGCGCACGCACGCAUGCACAUGCCGUACGCAUGCACGGUCGUGCGGCUGUGGUGACAGUUUAGGCUUUUCUUCCUGCUGGGUGCUGCUUCCGUGUGGAGUGUAGCAGGCUUCGUACGUAUCCCGCCGUGUGGUGUGUAACACACCGGGUUUAGGCGGGAGCCCUGAAUGGGGUUCGGCACAUCUAGCCAACCCCAUGCCACGUUGCAUGUUGUCGUUCACAUCACAGCGCCAACAAUUAUGAUUGAACAUACACAAUGUGGUGUGUGUACAGAUGAUGUCCCAUUUCUGUAAUUGCGGCAGAUGUGAAGCUGUGAGUGAACUGUUAACACUUACGUUCGCAGACGUACGCCAAUGCGAGUCUCAAUGCAUAAAGACAAACAACUCUAUCCAUGCCUGAAAAGUGGACAAGGGAAGGUGGGGUAAUCCCAACGUGUGGUGACGCUAGGCGUUGCUGGCGCAUGCAGUAGCUGCUGAUGCCAGGUACAGGCCACCCUGGCCAAUCAAGGCGCGUGGGUGUUGCCGUUGUUUAUGGCCAGGGGGGCCGAGGGGGUAAGCAGGAUGAGGGACAAUGUAAGCUCAAGAUGACUGGGGUAGGAGUCAUCACAUUGCUUAAUGUUCAGGUCAUUGACGUAGCUGGGGCUGGGGCGGCUGCUACUGCUGGCUUCGUGUCAUUACUGUUUGGUUUGUUACCGGCUGUGCUUGUGCUUGACAGCGGGACGCGGCUGACCGACCCCGGCUAUGUUGUAGUUUUGAGACCUUCGGCCUCAGACAUUGCACCAACGUGGCGUGGUGGCACAGCCCACUGUCCCCCUUGAAAGGGACAGCCACCUUUCUUGUCUGGGCUAGGCGACCAGGGCUCCUAUCUUAAUGUCUCCAGACAUUAAUUGGCCAUUUUGGCCGUUUCCUAGACAUUCCUCCCGGGGGCUAAUGUCUGGGGCGAGACUUUGUUGGCCCGGGUUUGGGGUGGGUUUUGUCCGAAAUCCUAUGGAGAAGCCCCCAAACCGCCAUGUGCCCAGACAAAAGACGGCGGCCACCCGGCCGUUUUUGUCUGGAGCUAGACAUCACCCCAAAAACAAGAUACGACCCCUGUAGGCGACGUUGAGCACUUGUGCGGAUGCUGCGCACUGAACGAGAGACUAAAUAUAAUACGUAGAGGUUACAACACGGAGGGGUGGGCAGUAUGGGAUAUACUGGGGCGGGGCGGCGGGAGGGGAGGGUGAGGGCCGCCCGAACCGAGACCCGCCCCCCGAGGGCCGUCCCCGAUCACCGGCUAUGAUGCGAUCAACGCGGCUCUGGGCCCGGUCGGCCGCUCAGAGCGCGCGGCGGCGUGUGCCUUUUUGAGAAUCAGGUUUCACAUUCUGAUUGGGAUGAGCGUGUGCGCAGCGAGGGAAAGAUUGUGUCAGGUGGGCGCGGACUGCCUGGCCAUAGAGUGGUAGGCUCCCCGCACAUGCACCUGGCGUGUGUAUCAGGCAGUACACAAGCUGUUUGUGUUGAGGAUUGUACGCAGCGCACAAGAAGUGAUACAGGGGUGAUUGGUUGAUGAGCCAGCGGAUGGGACGCAACGAGAUGGACGCCGGCCGCAGAGAGUUUCAGAGGGGGCAUGGCAGGAACGCUCUCUUCAUUCAAGGCUUCGGUCACAAAGGGCCGAUCUUUUAUGCUAGCCCUACAAGGUUACGAACCAGGUGCGGCACGUCGCCGAAAGGUGCAAGAGCCUGGCCUGUAUUGAAUGCAGGUUGGCGCGUGUACUCGGAAGUGACGCGUGCGGGGAGUCGGAGGAGCGAGUCGGAGGGGUGUGGGGAGGGAGGGUAAGGAAUCGUGGGCAUAGGGGUCGGAGGGCGAUGCGUUGGUGUAGCCAGAGGCAGGGCGCUGGUGGGUGACUUCCAAGCAAUGAAGCCCGCUGUGCUUCUGCAGCUGUAUAGCACGCAUGCGUGUCCCGCGCCCCCGCAGCCAGUACACGCCACUGCAUGCACUUUGAGACUGAUGUGGCGCGGCACGGCGGCGACGGCCGUGGGCCCAGCAUUGGCGGCGUGCGUACAUGUGCGUAGCGGAGGCCGGAGGGGCCAGGCAGGACCACGUGGAGCAGAAGAGCAGGUCAUGAGAGCACUCUGGCUAGUCAUGGCGCAAGCCGUUUUACCGGCGUUCCUGCUACAUGUGGCAUACACCUGCUGCAUGCAUGAGAGUGAUGAUGGUACGAAGGUCCCGUUAGAGAGGAACCCUCCAAUCCUGUAACACAUGCUGUGG